GUUAUGGAAGAUCUUUUCAAGACAGCAACAAGCACUGUGUUCUCCAAAUGUCCUCGUGAUGUUGAGCUUUUUCAUAAAUACGUAUCUCCUGCCCAGAAGGACAGGUUGGAACAAACGCUGAAGAACAAAUUUGUGACAAUUUCCUACAAUGAAGCAGUGGAAAUUUUGAAGCAAGCUUCUCAAACUUUCACUUUCAAGCCAGAGUGGGGCUGUGACCUCCAAACAGAACAUGAAAAGUACCUGGUGAAGCACUGUGGUGAGGUUCCUGUGUUUGUCAUUAACUACCCAUACGACCUCAAACCUUUCUACAUGCGGGACAAUGAAGAUGGACCUCAAAACACAGUUGCAGCUGUUGAUCUCCUUGUACCAGGAAUAGGGGAGUUGUGUGGAGGCAGCUUGAGAGAGGAGCGACUGCCCUUCCUCGAAUCACGCUUGCAGAGAUUAGGACUCGCAGAUGCGUACCAAUGGUAUCUAGACCUCCGAAAAUUCGGCUCAGUUCCUCAUGGAGGCUUCGGAAUGGGGUUUGAACGCUACCUGCAGUACAUCUUGGGAGUUGACAAUAUCAAAGAUGUUAUUCCUUUCCCUAGAUUUCCUCACUCCUGUCUCCUGUAGCUCAGCAGUUGACUCACGUGGAGAAAACUGCUGGUGUGACGAUAUGUAUAUAAUGUAUUAGGGUAUGACUAAGUGUGUUUUAGUAGGAAAACAAGAUCAUUUUUAUAUUGGUGAAACUCUUGGUAAAUGUAAUGCUGGCUUAUUGAAAAUGAUAUAUGUUCUGAUGAGAUGAUGGAAGCACACUUGCAGUUAAUUUGAUGGCAGUUCAUGUCUUCAAUGUCCUUCAGGAGUACUAGUAAGUCCCACUUAACUAAAGGGUCAAGAUUCUCGUGAGACUAGUACAAGCCAUGGAGAUACUGAAUAAGUGUUGUUGGGAGGUAGUGGGGGUUUUCUGUGAAAUAUUAGUAAGGAGGUGUGCCCUAAAAU